AUGGUGCAAGUCAGAUUCUACCGCAACUACGGCAAGACAUUCAAGAAGCCAAGACGUCCAUACGAGAAGGAGCGUCUUGACGCUGAGCUAAAGCUUGUAGGAGAAUACGGUCUUCGUUGCAAGAGAGAGCUGUGGAGAGUCCAAUACUCGCUUAGCCGUAUCCGUAACGCUGCUAGAGAUCUCCUCACUCUCGAUGAGAAGAAUCCCAAAAGGAUCUUUGAAGGUGAAGCUCUUCUUAGGAGGAUGAAUCGAUAUGGUCUUCUUGAUGAGAGCCAGAACAAGCUCGAUUACGUUCUUGCUUUGACUGUUGAGAACUUCCUCGAGCGUCGUCUCCAGACCAUUGUGUUCAAGUCUGGUAUGGCUAAGUCCAUUCACCAUGCUCGUGUCCUUAUCCGUCAAAGGCACAUCAGGGUUGGGAGGCAAUUGGUGAACAUUCCAUCGUUCAUGGUGAGAGUGGACUCGCAGAAGCACAUAGACUUUUCUCUGACCAGUCCGUUCGGUGGUGGCAGACCUGGAAGAGUGAAGAGAAGGAACGAGAAAGCUGGAGCCAAGAAAGCUGCUGGUGGUGAUGGGGAUGAGGAUGAUGAAGAGUGA